AUGAUAAGUAGUUCGGGUGUUCAUCAUGGUCGAAGUUUUACGGCGUUGGAUGGAUCAAAUGGAACAAGUUCGAGAAGAAAUCCAUUUAUUCAAGUUUUCAGGUGGGGAUUUUUUAGAACUUAUGAUGCUUUAAAUAUGAUUAAGGCCCUAAUUUGCAUCAACAUUCAUAAAAAAUACCGAUUUUUUAGAGUAAAAAUAAUGAUAGUUUAUUUAUAUGAAAUCGAAAUUAAACUCGUAAUGUAAACCGGUAAAUAUGUAAGAAAAUUAAUCUCAAAAAUAAUAUUUUUUUGAUCUUGAAAAAAUUUGUUUUUUAAAAUUUGAUCUACCAAAUUUUUUUUGUUUCCUAACUCAAUCAAUGAUUUCAUUUUAAAUACAACUCAGAGAAAUGGGCUGGAGAACCGGCGGAGAAAACGACCUGUCGGCGAACUUUAGGACAACCGGCGGAAUGUCUCACCUACACUAUUUCGCCGAAACUUUUGUCCGCCGGUUGUCCGAGAGUUUGCCGACAUGUCGUUUUCUCCGCCGGUUCUCCAGCCUGUUUCUCUGAGAAAUAUAGUAUUUUGAAUAUUGUACGUCUCCUUCCUCUCUCUCUCUAAUUUUCUCUUCAUUUUCCACACUCUCUCAUCUACUCUCUAACGUCGCGCCUCUCUCUCUUCUUCAUGUUUUCAUAAACAGUUUAAUUUAUAGUAUUCUUAACAUUUUUUAUCAUUUUUUCUCAUUUUCUUCCACUUUUCGCGCGUAGGUUAGGUUUAGAUUUAAUAUAUAAGGUCCAGCAAAGAGUUUUCAUUCAAUUUUUAUUUUUUUUCUUAUAAUUAUCUAAAAUUCUAUUUUUCUCUAACAUAAAAAUAUGUUAAAAUUAGAUUAAUCCAACAAAAAAAUAGAAGAGUACGUAGAAUAAAUUAAAAUUCCAAAAAAAAGAGCAGGAAAAGAUCAAAGACCUUGGCAGUCUCUGAAAGGGUCCCCUGAAUGGGGUCUUCCUUCUCCAAAAAAGGGUCCCCUGAAUGGGUCCUAGUGUUUGUCAUUUCUCCUGAAUGGGACCGCGCGUAGCACAUGUCAAAAAAUGGCGAAAAAAGGGUUUUUGUCACUUUCCUGAAUGGGUCCUCUAAAUAAUGGGGCCCAAAAUGCAUUUGGCGUUUUCCUGAAUGGGACCAACCUCUUGUUUUGUCACUUUCCUGAAUGGGACCUCAAAAAAAGGGGCCAGUUGUGGUUUUGUCAUUUUCCUGAAUGGGUCUUGUAAAUUUUUAUCUUGAUCUACUCUGACCUUUCCAGUAUCGGGAAUAAAAUUUCAAAUAAUUCACUUUAAAUUUUUUUGAAACGAUUAUUUUCGAAGUUAUUUUGAGACGACGGAAAAGAACAACCUUUGUGUAAUUUUUGAAAGAAGCCUCGGAAUCGGUUAGGAAACAUGUAAUGCAUUUUUCUUAAUGUUUUCGAGAUUUCUUUCAAAGAAAUUCUUUGGAAAUUUUCGAAAAAUCGGACCACUUUUUCAAAAAAGUCAAUUUUUUAAUGUAAAAAUCAGGAAAUUUUGAAAAAGCGGUCCGAUUUUUCGGGUCCGAUUCAGAAUUUUUCCUGGUCCGAUUCCCUUUUUGUGGUCCGAUUCCUAUUGAAAAAAAUGUCAUCCUGGUCCGAUUCAGAAAACCCUCAAAAUCGGGUCCGAUUCAAAAACUGCCAUCUUUCUAACCUACAUUUUAUCAACAAAGACAUGAAUUUCAUCAACUCAAUCGUAAUUUCUUACAAAAUUAGAGUUUUUAAUUGCAAAAAAUCAAACGAAAUUCAAAAUUCAAAAUAUAAGGUUGUUAUUUUCUUUAAGCCAAAAUCUACAAUUGCGACAUAUGUCGCAAUUGUAGAUUUUGGCUUAAAGAAAAUAACAACCUUAUAUUUUGAAUUCAACUAACAAUGCGAUUGAUUAACUUGUUCCCACUCAAAUUUACAAAAGAAAUUCAAAAUUAUACAGAAAUAUCAUCUCUAUUUUCACACCUGUCAAAAAUUUUCGCACCUUGGCCCUAAAAAAGAAUGCGUCCAAGAAGAAAAUAGUGCGUAUUUUUGGAGACGAGAUCACCUUUUUUGGGAAGUUUCCCUUCCGUAGUUCACUGAGAUUGCGCAUUGAAAUCUCAUAAGCAAUAAUUAGGGAAAGUCUGAAAAUUAGUUUUUUAUUCAAAAAUAUGGCUCUUUAGCAGGUCCAUUUUCAAGCCAACUUUUUUAUUUUUGAAAAUGAGGUGAAAUUGAGUUUCUACUGACUAAUGAUUCUCAAAAAAAAACUUGCAAAUAGUAGGAGUGUUUCACAAUCGACUGUUCGAAAUAGAAUAUCUCAUAUCAGAUUUUUUGAAAAUUGUGUCAAUUGAAUUUCGAAAUAAUUAUUUUUAAUUUAUCAAUUUCAGAAAAAAAUCCAAAUUGUUGUUUUUCGUCGUCUCAAAAUAACUUCGAAAAUAAUCGUUUCAAAAAAAUUUAAAGUGAAUUAUUUGAAAUUUUAUUCCCGAUACUGGAAAGGUCAGAGUAGAUAAAAAAUUAUAACUCAUUUUUAGAGUUGAAAAAUGGCUAUGGGCGAUCCGAAACGAUAUUAACAAGAUAAAAAUUUACAAGACCCAUUCAGGAAAAUGACAAAACCACAACUGGCCCCUUUUUUUUGAGGUCCCAUUCAGGAAAGUGACAAAACAAGAGGUUGGUCCCAUUCAGGAAUACGCCAAAUGCAUUUUGGGCCCCAUUUUUUAGAGGACCCAUUCAGGAAAGUGACAAAAACCCUUUUUUCGCCAUUUUUUGACAUGUGCUACGCGCGGUCCCAUUCAGGAGAAAUGACAAACACUAGGACCCAUUCAGGGGACCCUUUUUUGGAGAAGGAAGACCCCAUUCAGGGGACCCUUUCAGGAACUACCAAGACCUUGCAAGAUUUUGCGACAUAUUCAUGGAUAAAUUGCAAGUUUCCUACCAAUUUCCGGUGUCUAUUUAUGUAUACUUUUUUUUCAAUUCUGGAAAAAUCAGAAAAGGGAUUACUUGUUUUGCAAAAUAAAUUUGAAAAACUUCCGGAAAAUUUUUGAACAAAGGAUAGCGAAGAUUUGAAAUUUUAAUUGGAAAAUUUGUAAUUUUCAUGUUUUUUUGUAAAUAGAUCGGAAGUUUCUAUCUAGCUGAAAAUGUAUUUUGAAAAAAGUUUUUGGCUUCCAAAAUCUUCAAAAAUAAUCUAGAAAUUGUGUCUACAAAAGUCUAACCUAUGCUAAGUUGUGUACAAAUCUGAAACUAAUUGUCAUAGUUCGUUUUCCAGGCUCACCAGAUCCAUCAAAUGGUUCAGCCACAUCAACCAACGCCCUUCAAUCCACUCCAAUUUCAUCAAGAGUGCGCGCUGAAAAAUUGAUGAAUUACAUGGAAAGAUCGCCGCCGUCAUCAACUACAACAUCAGUUGUCGUGGUCCCAGGGUGAGUUAGCUUAACUAGGAAAAGAGUUAGAGAGAUGCGCGCGAGUAGUAAAGGACAUGCGCAUAUAUCAAAUUAAAAAAGCGAGUUUUUGUCAGGAUAUUUAUAUGUUUUGUGGUACUUUGAUGUGAGGUUUGAUGCUAGAAUUUUUCAAAACUCUUUUUUUUUUGACAUUUGAUGCUUUUUUUGUGUUGGAAUUUUUUUUUGAAACCGAAAAUUGUAAUUUGAACGGAUUUACGAAAUCAUUUGAUUUUUUGUGAAACUAACUUGGAACCUUACUAAUUCUGAAUUCUGUUGUCAUAAUGUAUUAAUCUUGGAAUAUAUUUUUUCCCAAAAAAAAGUUCACUCAAAAAAUGUCUAGAUAUAAGAUUUCUUGUAACAAAUAAAUUAUGGAUGGAAUUUUUGAGAAGAUCUUGAAUCGCACUUCACUUCCGUUGAAUUUUCAUUUAUUAGGAAAUUCAUGUUCUAUUUUCUAAAACGAAGAUCGCAUUUUGAGAAAGUUCCUGAAAUAAUUUCAAAUCCAUUCUUUCUGAAAAAGUACUUUUCAGAAGUUCACCUGAAAAAAAGGUCCAGAUUUGAGACUUUUAGUUAUGAAUAAAAUAUCAUUGGAAUAGUUUAGGGGAUCAAAAUUCUGCUGAGAAAAAUUGUUUUUGAGAUUUUGUACUGGAAAUAAUUUUGUCGAUGAUUAAGCUGAAAUCGCACAGAUUUUUAGAAAAACAUUUUUCGAAUUUAUAUGUUUUCAGAACUUUGAAGGGAAAAAGCUUUAAUCAAGUUUGAUUUUCCAAAUUCAUAGGCUCCGUUUAAAAUUUUUGCCUUGAAAAAUUAUUUUCUGAAUUUUCUCUGAUGUUUGAUCAAAAUCAAAUCAACAUUAAAAAAAAUACGAUUUUAGAAAUGAAAUUUAAAAAUUUCUAAAUUCACGUGGCUUUUUUUUUCACGCGAAAAUCACAUUUCUAAGUAUUCAAAAAUUUUAUUAAUUUUGAAAAAUAAUCGCUAACUUACUUUACUUUUUCCACGCCAAAUUACCUGAGAAAACGAUUUUCUCUGAAACUUGUUAUUUUAAUAAUCUUCGAUCAAAAAUAUCAAAUUUCAAACAUUUGUCUAUGUAUACAAGGCAAAUCAUUUUAUCUCUGAUUUUUGAAUUUUUUUCAUUUUAUGAUCGUCACAAAAUCGAAAAUCCUAACAGAUUUUCCACCUUCGAUAACAAAAAUUUUGCUAUGAAUCAUUUGAUUCAAAAACAAAAACCAAUGUAAUGUCUAAGUUGGAUUAUCUUACUGCACCAAAUAAAUAAAUGUCUAUACAAGAAUAGCGUUUUUCUAAAUCUUCUUCAUUUUUUCCUCAGCUUCUGCUUUUUCUUAUAAACAAAAUUCCCGCCCAUAAAUUUUUUUUAUACAAAAAAUAAAUAAAUAAAUAAAUAUAUAAUUUUUUUGAGCGAAAAAAUAUAAUAAUUAUUAUUAUCUGCGCAACUUCCCAUAAAUAGAAAAAAACCAAAAAAAAAGUGAUAUGCACAUAUUUUUUUUUGUUCAAAGUUUCAGUUCUUAAUCUAAUCAGCGGAUUAAAUUUGUUAUAUUAUAUUCGUUUUUUUUCUGUGCAGAGCAGAUUUUUUCUUUUUUUUUUCGAUAAUUUUGAAUGUCACUAGGUUUUUAGUAACAGCUGGUCUAUGUUUUUGUUUUUAUGUAGCACUUACAAGAUCUUAGACAAAUUUAUUGACGUAACACGAAAAAAAAGAAAAAAAACUCUAAUUAAUACUCACCAUAAACAACUCAAAACAAAAAAACUUCUGAAAAUUUUCUCGCUCAAAGUUUUUUUGCUCACUCACUCACUUUACGAUGUUUUUUGUAUCAUCGGCCACUUCGGUAGAUACAAUUUGUUCUGAAAAGCUCCCAUAUCUUUUUCAUUUUUCUUCAAUUGAUAUCUUCAUCAAUUCAUCACUUGUCGUCUAAAUCUCCCAAUUUUCCGUGCUAUUUUCAAUGUAUCAUCAAAAAAAAUCUAACAGAAAAGAGGAACACGGAAAAAUGGUUAGUCGAGUGAUUGAAUUGGGCGGGCAACCGGCGUAUCGACGAACGUCACCAUUGACUUCGACAACUUCGAAUUCAACAUCAGCGACAACAUCGACAAAUAAUAAUUCGAAUCCGAAUCCACAUCAGAAAUUGAUUUCGGCUAAUUCGAGUGCAUCGUUGACUUCGAGAUUGUCUGUGGGAUCAAAUAGAGUUAUGAUACAGUAAGUGGAAUAUUUUUGGAAUUUUUAUUAUGUAGAAAAUUUUGGUAGCAAAAAUUCACUCGACUCUGAAUGCGCUUUGAUUUUUUGUAAAACUGAAUUAGUGAUAACUUUUUGAAAAGUUUCCAAGAAACUUUUGAAGUGUAUAAUUAUUCAUUCAAUAAUUUAUAACCUACAUGUUAAAACUGAGAUAUUAUUUUCGAAAAAUGGACCUUUCGAACAAACUUUUCUCAAAAAAAUUUCCGACAAAAAUUUUAUUAGAAAACUUUUUGAAAUUUGAACUUUCCUAAAUACAUCCGGUUUUUCUUGAUUCAAUUUUUAAGAAAAAAAAAUGAAAUCAAAAAAGUUUAGCACAUGUCGAUUUACUGAAAAUUUUGUGACGAUGAGCUUCCGGGCCAGAUUUUGAUGUUGAAUUUCGCUACAAAAAUUUUCAGACAAAUUCUAUUUAUCUGAAUCUCCGAGUUUGAAAAAUUAGAAAUUGGAAACAAACAUUUUUUUAAUCAUUUUUUAUUUUCGAUUUUUUUCUUGGAUAAGUUUUGGUUGCCUUUUUUGGCAGCUGAAUUUCACAAAACUGAAAAACUCAAUUUUUGAAGUUCUGGUAAACUAUGUUUUCAUUUUUCAAUUCAGUGUUUAUGAGCACUUUUCCAAAUCUGAAUCAAGGUUUUUAGAAACCUGUGGUAUUCCAGGUUCAAAUUUUGACAAAAAAUUGCUCAUACUGAAAUUACGGUAUGUUUAUUUGAGAAAUGAGCAAUUUUAAAAACCAAAAAUCUACACACGUGAAAUUUUUUCAUUCCCUGUUUUUUCUUAAAUGUUUCUCGGCAGCUGAAUUUCAGAAAAGCUGAAAAAGUCAAAACAUUUUCAAGUUCUGAUAAACCAUACUUUGAUCCUCAUUUUUUCUCUCAUCUCAAAUAUUCAUGCUCUUCUUUCCUUUUUUUUUUCUAAAAGCGUUCGCAAUCCACCACAAUAUUUGCCCUUUUGCUCAUUUCAAGAAAGAAUAAUAAUAUUCUGUAAUAAUUUCAUGAAUAAUUCAAAACCUCCCCUUGUGAAGUUUCUAUCCAGAUCAAUUCAACUGGAAUAACAUUUUUAUUAAUUUUUAUUUUUAAUUUAAAGGACGACGGCUGAAUUUUUAAGUUUGCUGUUUGAUCAAUGAAAAAUAGAUACAUAAAAAUGAAGAGAAAAAAGUAGACCUACUAUAUUUAUUUUUCCGUGGUGUUUUUUCUUUUUUUUUUUCAAAAAAAAAAGAAUAUAUAAUAUCUUGGUCCCAUUGUUGUUCAUACAUGUUAUUUUCUGUAAAAAAUAGCGAAAAACAUCUCAUACAUCAAUCAAUCAAAUUAUGAGUUAACCCCGACCCAAACGAAAACAUUUUAAAUAAUUAAUCCAAUUUUUGCCAGUCCUCCUCGUUUUCUAUUUUUCUGAAAAAUCAUCAAAAAUCGUCUCUCGGAUGAUCUCUAGUUGUUCUAUUUUUAUACAUCUGUUGGUGAACAACUGUGUAGAUGAGAUAUGUUUCCGUGUAGAUUCCGACGGUCCGAGAUCUUUUUUCUUGUUUGAGAGAGAGAGAGAAGCGACAAAUGUUUCGUUGAGUUCUUUGCUCUUGUCUGAUUUUUAAAAAUGUGCCAGAUUCUUUGAUCCGAAGAGUUUGAUUUUUUGGAUGUUCUUAAGAUCAAAUUGAUUUUAGUCGAUGAGGAACUAGACUAGACUCAAAAGGUUGAAUCCGGAACUUGUAGAAAUUCUGAAACUCGAUAUUCUAAUGAAAUAUAGGAAGAAGAAGAAGAAGUCAAAGAUUUCAUAAGAGAAAAUUCAAAGGUUGAGAAACCUUUUUUGAAAAUUGUUGAUGUUUAAAAAAAUUUUCAGGGGCUCUAGGCUUAGGUACAGUUUUAUGACGUGGCGCGGGGUUAACCCUAAACUUAGGACCAACCCUAAACUUAGGAACCCUAAACUUAGGACCUAAGGAGAAACCCUAAACUUAGGACCUAAGGACCAGGAAUUUUUAAAGUUUCUGAUUUCUGGAACAAAAAAAAAUUCAAAAAACUUGAAGACCAGAUUUUCAGGCCCUACUUAGAUACUCAAAAGUCUCAACACCCCUGAUUUUCCCCAAAAGUUCAAAAGUUCCUCUAGAACAACAUGUAAUCGAAUUGAAAGUUUCAAACUUUAUCCCCCCCCCCCCGCAUUCCAUUUUCCUGAUUGCUUUUUUUUUCUUUUUCUUCCCAGAACCCUUUUCAUUACUUUAUUCAAAUAAGAUGUCUUUAUUCUUCCAUUUCUAAAAAACUCCAAAAAAAAAGAAUUUUCCAAUUACUUGUCUCGAAUCUCUAAAGAUCCCUUCCCUUCACUGUAGUCGUUUUUUCCUGAUCUUAGAUCAGUAAUCUUUUUUCUCUCUCUCUCCUGUCUUUUUCACCAUCAAUUACAUCCCCAAAUGAUUUUUCCCUCUCUCUAAAUAUCUUCCCGACGACCAAAACACACAAAAAUCCUAAUAAAAACCUCGUAACAAAGAAGAAGAAGUAUUUUAGAUAGAUAUAGUGGGCGGGGGCUGAGUUUCCGAUUCUUGUCUCGUCCCUCAAGACUCAACUUAUUAUUUCUCUCUGAAUAUAACCUGAAACUAACAUCUUUGUCCUUUUUUGUCUUUUGUCUUUGUUUGUCUUGUUUGAAAUGAAAGUCAAAUCUGAAAUAUAAUAUUGUAGAACUACUAUUACUAUAAUCCUGAAUGGCAUUAUUGAUAGCACCAGCAGCCGUGGCAGCGUAAGAUCAAAAUCAAAAAAUCAAUAACAUCUAGAAACAUAAAACAUCUGAAAAAUCUCGAUUUUCAGACAAAUCGCAUCUGGAAGCACAUCAAUGGCGGCAGCUGGAAUACAUGAUCGAGACAGUUCAGUGGAACCAAAUGAUCGGGGAAGUGUUGAUGAGAGAUCGAGCAAUAAGAAUUUCAAUGAUGAAGAUGUUGAAGCUAGAACUCCGAUUACACACAAGAAUAGUAUUAGAGAUUCAAGUGUGCCGGAUACGAUUCUUAGGUUGAAUAUUGGUGGAAGUAGUUAUCGAAUUCGUACAAGAUCGAUAGUCAAGUUUGGGCCGAAGACAUUGUUAGGUGAGUUUAUGAAUUUGAUAAAUCUGGGAUUUCUUAUAAAUCUAGGAGGCUGAGAGUUCUGGUAUCUUUGAGUAAAUCUUUCGCAAAUCACACUCAUGGGAUUCUACUAGAUUUGAACUAUAAGAUCUUAUUCUCACGAUCAGAAAAAAAAUCCAAAUUCCAGGCCGUUUCUGCCGCAUGAACCACGAGCACCGUCGUCAAUGGGCUGAUUGGUAUUUCGAAGAUCAAGACGAAUAUUUCUUCGAGCGAGUCCCACGAUACUUUGACCCAAUCUACGAUUUCUACGCCACCGGCAAACUUCAUGUUCCAAAAGAUCUUUGCUUUGACAAAUUCAUGGCCGAACUUCGAUUCUGGGCAGUUUCGAAAUCGAGAAUGGAUGAAUGUUGUUCACCAUUUGCACAAUAUUGUGUGACAAUGGGAAAUGAUCCGAAAUAUACAGUGAGUUUUGAAGAUAGUCUUGUGAGAAAUAACAUUUAUUGGAAAAUUUUUGAAUUUAGGAUGAAGCUGCUGCGUUGCAAAAGGUAUUAGUGUUGUUUUCCUUUAACACGUUUUCCUUUUUCCACGCAUAAUUCUUCAAAUCGCUUUUUUUUCUUAAAUCAAAACCUAAAAAGUUAAAUAACACCAACACCAACAAAUUCCAGCAAUCCCCAACCUUAAAAUUUUUAGGAGAAGGAUCAUUUCAUUGGUGUGAGAUGUGCCAACAUUCGCCGUAGAUUAUGGUUGAUUCUCGAAGGUCACACCCAAACUCGUUGGUGGAAAGUCUUUGAAGUUAUAUCAACAGCGUUUGUUGUUUUAUCGAUCUCAGCUUUGAUUUUGGGAUCAAUUCCCGAAUUCCAAGUUCCACAUAAAACUGAAGAUGGUCAAUUGGUUUAUGCGACUGCAACUUAUCCCACAUAUCCAAAUGGUGGUGGAAAAACUCUUGAAAGCACAAUGACUAUUAAAGAUGGUUCUGAUAAUGCGGUAGGUUACAUUUUCUUUGUACCCUUGAAUUUUCACGGUUUCAAAAGUUUACAGACAGGAGAAAUAAGAGAUGAAGAACCAGAACCAGAACCAGUGGUUUACUGGCGAAAGGUAUACCUAAAUGUUCAUUCCACAAAACUUUCAUGUUAAUUAAAAAAUUUGCUAACAUUUUCAUGUGACUUUUCUCCCAAAAUUCUUUGAAAUCCCCAAAUCUUUACAGCCUGAAAUGACUGAACAUCCAGUUUUCACAUGGGUCGAAAAUGUUUGUGUGAUCUAUUUUUCAAUCGAGUAUGCACUUCGAUUCAUUGUUUCGCCAAGAAAAUUGGCAUUCGCCAGACAAGUUUUGAAUGUUAUUGAUCUUCUUUCGAUUGCGCCGUUUUAUUUUGAACUUUUGUUGUGGCUUGUGAGUUUGAGGAUGGGGAUAUGGUGGUUGGAAUUUGUUACUUCUAGGCUUCAAACUUUACAAAUCUGGUAGAUCAAAAAUAUUCUUCAAUCUUUCGCUUUUGUUUCUCCAAAAAAAUCUGAAUCUCGAAGAUUUUUGGAAGUUUCUCUUUAUUUUUUUUUAAAUUUCCUAGAUUUCUAUUCAAUUUACAAUUAGCAAAAAAUCCCCAGAGAACUUUUCAUAAUUUUGUUUUUCAAAAUGAUAAAAACAAAAAUGUCUACGCGGGUCACUGAUCUGAUAUUCCACGUCGUAGUAGCUUCUACUAACAAUAUUUUCUUUCCAGUGUGGAAUCAGUGGUGAAAAUGUGCGAAAAGUGCGUUGGGCAUUUUUAACAGUUCGUUUACUUCGAGUUCUUCGAGUGAUUCGUAUCGCCAAACUCGGUCGAUUCUCACCAGGUCUCGCCAAUUUCGCCCUGACCAUUCGAAAAUCCAAAAAACAAAUGCAAAUGGUUGGAAUUGUUAUGAUGACUGUCGUCAUCUUCUUCUCAACCCUCAUCUAUUUCCUCGAAAAAGACGAAGUGAAUUCGAAAUUCACCUCAAUUCCCGCCACAUUCUGGUGGUGUGUUGUCACAAUGGCAACCGUCGGAUAUGGUGAUUUGGUGCCAACAACAAUAGCCGGUAAACUUGUGGGAAGUGGUGCAAUUGUGUGUGGUGUAAUGGUACUUGCACUACCAAUCACGAUUAUGGUAAUUAAUAAUCUAGACAUAUCUUAAGUCCACUUAUGUUUGAAUUCCAGGUCAAUAAUUUUAUGCAAGUUGUCAAAUUGAGAGAGGAGGAAAUUGUGAAAAAAUAUGCGCAACAACAUGGAGAUCAAGUUUAA